CUCUCUCUCUCUCUCUCUCUCUCUCUCUCUCUCGCUUCCUGUGGUCGCGUGAUUCACCUGCAUCUCUCCUACCUGCCUACUACGUACUAGCGAUUAGACAGCCGGUCGUUUGAUGAUCGCUUCCACCGGUUGCGUUUUGUCAGUUACUCACUUAACCAGCCACCGCGGGAGUAUGGCGAUGGUUAUCGGUUUAUCAAAGCGUUUCCCGGAGAUUCGUGCGGGAGUGAACCGCCGGUCAUCCGCGCCAGCUAGUCUUCGUCGCAGGUAGCAUCGUAGUACUUGGUAGAUUUCGGUAUACACUUGUCGUCGUCCUGCUCGUCUGUAAUCCCGCGUCUCUGUGAUCCGCUCGGCCAAUACUCCUACAUUCGGCGGGGACUGUCCCCGAUUUCCACUUCCCAGUGUCUACCUCGAACAUCGUUCACCAUGUACGAGGCGAAAGAGGAAAAGCAACGAGGCCUGGACAACGCGGCCUUCCAGGCGGACGAGCUCCAUAUCAGAAAGACGUAUCUCAACGGCGACUUGACGAGCUUCGACGUAGUCGAGUUGCCCAGCAAGGAAGAGCAUGAACGGGUGACAUGGAACAACAGCAUCGAGUUUCUCAUGUCAUGCAUCGCCGUGUCGGUCGGCUUCGGCAAUAUCUGGCGAUUCCCGUUCACGGCGUACGAGAACGGCGGUGGUGCCUUCCUCAUACCCUACGUGAUUCUGCUCAUCUUGGUAGGGAAGCCAUUUUACUUCCUAGAGAUGAUAAUAGGACAGUUCUCCAGCAGCUCGUCCGUCAAGGUCUGGGGCAUGUCGCCAGGUUUUGUGGGAGUAGGAUGGGCGCAGUUCUGUUCGACGGUGGCAUUAGCCACCUACUACAGCUCGCUGAUGGCGUUGACACUAUAUUUCCUAAUCGCGUCCUUCUCCUCCGAGUUGCCGUGGGCCACUUGCUUGGAAGAAUGGGGCGACACGUGCGUCGACUCGAGCAUGAAGAAGAACCACAGUGCGGUUCAGUUAAACGCGACGGCGAACAACGAGAUACUUGGUAGUCUCUUAAAUAGCAGCGCUCAGCGUCAAAGCUCAGCCGAGCUGUACUUCUUGCGAGUGGUACUGCAUGAGAAGGAGAGCAUCGACGAUGGGAUUGGACUGCCGGACUGGAAGCUGACGCUGUGCCUGUUCGGUAGUUGGGCGACGGUCUGUUUGGUGUUGUCCCAAGGUGUUAAGAGUUCCGGCAGGUUCUCCUAUUUCCUCGCCAUUUUCCCGUACAUCGUGCUAGUCUCCCUGCUGGUCCGAGCGGUCACCUUGGACGGCGCGAUCAACGGAAUCCUUUACUUCAUCACCCCGAAAUGGUCCAAGUUGUUGGAGCCGACCGUCUGGUACGCCGCCGUGACGCAGUGCUUCUUCUCGUUGUCCGUCUGCUUCGGCAGCAUCAUCACGUACUCCUCUCACAAUGACUUCAAGCACAACAUAUACAGAGACGUAAUAAUCAUCACUUCUCUGGACACGGUCACGAGUAUGGUGGCUGGUUGCACGAUAUUCGGUAUUCUCGGCAACCUCGCUUACGAGUUAGGCGUGGACGACAUCUCUACGGUGGUCAGGGGCGGUGCUGGCUUGGCCUUUGUGUCUUAUCCCGACGCUAUAGCGAAGUUCAGCUUCAUGCCUCAAUUGUUUGCCGUGCUGUUCUUCGUCAUGAUGUUCGUCCUCGGUGUCGGUAGCGCCGUAGGCAUGUCCACGGGAAUCAUCACCGUGAUAAGCGAGCAGUUUCCGUCGCUGAAAACCUGGCAGAUCGUAGUCCCAUCGUGCAUUAUUGGCUUCUCGAUCGGCACUGUCUAUGUGACGCCGGGCGGCCAGUUUAUAUUGACUUUGGUGGAUUAUUACGGUACUUCGUUCGUGGUGUUUAUCUUGGCGUCCUUCGAAAUGACUGGAGUUGUAUGGAUCUACGGUUUCGAGAACUUUCUGGACGACCUGGAAUUCAUGUUAAAUAGGAAGCCAAGCGUGUACUGGAGGAUAUGCUGGUUCAUAGUGACGCCGUUGCUGCUGAUAACAAUCUUCAUCUACACCGUAGCCACCUUGUUGCCUUUGACCUACGGCGACAGAUCGUUGCCGGAGUCUGCGCACGCCGCCGGAUGGAUGCUGCUGUGCGUAGGUGUGCUGCAGAUACCGUUGUGGAUGCUGGUGGCGAUACUGAGGAAUCGGGAACUAUCGUUCGUUCAGAUGGUGAAGAAGGCCUUCGGACCAGCGGCCGGAUACGGUCCGCGGGAAGUGCAACAACGUAAGGACUGGAAGAUAUUCAAGGAGGAGAGAGCGAGAGCCCGAGAGAGGAGAGUCCAACCGUACUGGAAGCAGACGCUGUACAUCCUCCUGAACAUGAAGCCAAAGUGAAGGCGAUGCCGCCGGUCGUCCACGCUUCGCGUUUCUCCUUCGGCUUGCAAGUCGCGCUCGUGUCACCGUGGCUCUCGUGGCAAGAUCUGCGACUGACGAGACCGACGAAUAUAUUUAUACGUAUAUUUGUUUAUUUUUCCAAGCAAAUUAUUCUGCAAAGUUCCUCGUUGUUCAAUCUCGCAGCGAAAUUAUGAGCUUCCAUGAGUCUCUGAGACUUGCCUAAGUGUAAUUUUAUAUUAUAGACCAUGCGAAUACACCACGCGACAAAGAGCAGCCGACGUGAUGAGGGCAUCGUUAGUACAAUCGUAAUUCAUCGAUCGUUCGCUGUAAUCGACGCUACGCCAGAUAAUACAAACACGUAUGUGCGUGCGUAACAAUUUUAAUAUCGUCUUAAUCAUAGUUUAUUGUCAAUUUCUACCAAAUAACAUUGCGAUAACUUUCGACUUAUUCGCGCACGCUCGCGAUAUCCUCUUCGACUGCUUGAAGUCCUUCCAUUCGUUGUAUUUUUCCGGGUCCUUUGGCCCCCAGUCGGCGCUCGGCUUAAACGUCUGCAAGAAAGAUGACGAAUUUAGGUUCGCCAUGAAAAGAUGUUCAUGCGGAAAUUAUCUCGGAAUAAAAUGCAGGUGAAAUUACA